UACAUCAAGUAGCUUAUGAACAGAAUGAACUUCUUAGAAGCACAUUUAUUGCAAAAGUUGGACGUGAUUAUAAACCUGAACAGCUUAUAUUUAUGGAUGAAGUUUCUAAAGAUGAACGCACUUUAUCUCGUGGAUAUGGUUAUUCUUUAAAAAAUACUUUUGCAAUUAAAAAGAAUGUAUUUGUACGUGGAGUUCGUUAUACAAUAUUGCCUGCAUUUUCUUUACAAGGCAUUAUUGCUGUAGACAUCAUGGAAGGUAGCUGUAUAAAAGAAAUUUUUAAAAAUUUUGUUAUUUCAAAUGUGGUUCCUCAAAUGAAUUCAUAUUCUGGUGAACAAAGUGUUCUUGUACUUGAUAAUGCGUGAAUUCACCAUGAUCAAGAUUUUGUAGAAUAUAUUGAAGCAUUUGGUGGUCGUGUUGAGUUUUUACCUCUUAUUCGCCAGAUCUUAACCCAGUUGAAACUUGUUUUUCCAUUAUAAAAUCAUUUUUAAAGAAAUACAGGGACUUUGUCUAUUCAUGUAAUGAUCCUAAAUAUCCUCUUUUAAUAGCAUGUUCUCAAAUUACUCCGGAGACAGCUAUGAAAGUUUUUAAGGAUUCAAUUUAUAUGUAAUAGAACUUAUAGAUAAGAAAUUUUGUAAAAACUAGAGUAUAUAGAAAUUUUAUUUUCAUAUUAGUCAAACUGUAAAAUGUGAAUUUAUUAUAUUAUAAAUG